CACUUUGGUAUAGGUGUUAUUCAUAUAAUAUUUUACAAGAACAUUAUGAUAAUGAACCUGAACUUAUUGAUGAAUGUAUUGAAGACAAUUAUGACUUGCAACAAAUACAUAUUAACUCUAUGCUAAACAAUGUGUCAGAUGAUAAAAUUCAAGUAGCUUGGCAUGUAGUUAAACUUACGGUUAGUUAUGGAAUUGUAUGUCAGCAUUACUUUGCUGUUCUUUUAGAAUCAAAUUAUGGUAAAAGUUAUGGAUUGUUGCAAACUGUUCUAACAUUAGCGAUGGAGAUGAAAACUGAUGAGGAACAAAAAAAAGAGCUUCUAAAAGCUGAUACUGCAUCAAGUCAAGAUCAUGAAAAUAUUAUUCAAGUAAUUAAUCCAAAAGUCAUGCCAGUUAAGGGCCACCAAGUAGAAGACAGAAGAGUGUACUUGAAUGAGAAGCUAAAAAACCAUUAA